AGAGGAGACGUCCUGCCCUCCCCCUCCCGACCUCUUUCCAGAAGUUUCUCGGCGCCCCCUUAUAAAGCCCCCUUGGCCCGGCGGCGCCUCGGCCCCAGGAACGCCAGUGCGGAGCGCCUCCCUUGCAAGGACCCAGCUCGUGACUGCCCUCUGCUGUCAUGGAUUCCACCUGGUUGAUCCACCUCCUCGCGCUCUGCGCCCUCGCCACGGCGGUGCCCUCUGACGACAAGAAGAAAAGCGAGAAGAAAGCCGCCGCGAAGGAGAAGAAUCUGAGCGAGAAGGCCGCCACGUUGGCCGACCGCAGCGCCAUCCUGGCCUUCAACCUCUACCAGGUGAUGGCCAAGGACAAGACCUUGGAGAACAUCUUGGUGUCCCCCGUGGUGGUGGCGUCUUCGCUGGGCUUGGUGUCCCUCGGGGGCAAGGACACCACCGCCUCCCAAGCCAAGGCCCUACUUAGCGCCAGCAAGCUCAACGACGACGACAUCCACAGCGGACUCUCCGAAUUCCUGACGGACGUCAGCAACGCCACGGCCCGGAACGUCACCUGGAAACUGGGGAGCCGCCUCUACGGGCCCAGCUCCAUCAGCUUCGCGGAGGACUUUGUGCAGAAUAGCAAGAAGCACUACAACUACGAGCAUUCGAAGAUCAACUUCCGGGAUAAGCGUAGCGCCCUCAAGUCCAUCAACGAAUGGGCAGCCCAGACCACGGAUGGCAAGCUGCCCGAAGUCACCAAAGACGUCCAGAAGACGGAUGGGGCCUUGAUCGUCAACGCCAUGUUCUUCAAACCGCACUGGGAUGAGAAGUUCCAUCACAAGAUGGUGGACAACCGCGGCUUCAUGGUGACGCGCUCCUACACAGUCGGCAUUCCCAUGAUGCAUCGUACGGGGCUCUACAAAUACUACCAGGACGAGGCGGAGAAGCUGCAGAUCGUGGAGAUGCCGCUGGCCCACAAGCUCUCCAGCCUCAUCAUCAUCAUGCCGGACCAUGUGGAGCCCUUGGAACGGAUAGAGAAGAUGCUCACCCAGGAACAGCUGCGGAUUUGGCUGGGCAAGAUGAAGCAGCGCUCCGUGGCUAUCUCCUUGCCCAAGAUCAGCCUGGAGGUCAGCCACGACAUUCAGAAACACCUGUCCGAUCUCGGCUUAACCGAAGCCAUGGAUAAGAACAAAGCUGACCUAUCCAAGAUCUCUGGCAAGAAGGACCUCUACCUCUCCAACGUCUUCCACGCGGCCGCCUUCGAGCUCGAUACGGACGGCAACCCCUUCGACACCGACCUCUACAGCCGCGAGGAAAUCCGGAACCCCAAGCUCUUCUACGUCGACCACCCCUUCCUUUUCCUGGUCAAGGACAAUAAGACCAACUCCGUCCUGUUUAUCGGCCGGCUGGUGAAGCCCAAAGGAGACAAAAUGCGCGACGAAUUGUAGUUUGCAUGCCGGGUUUGCGCAGGUCUCUUCGAUUUUUAUUUUAUCUUUUUUAAAAAAUGAGAUAAAAUAGGUGCCUUU